UUCUCAAUCAUUUCUCAAAAACUAAUUUUUUGUUAUUUUUUCUAUUCCAAAUCCCAAGAUUUCUGCAACCCAAUUCUUCUUUACACCUGAUUAAUCCAAAUUCUCAUCUGGGUAUCUUCAGUUUUAUGUUUUUUUUUUCUUGUAAAGUUUCAAGUUUUUUUUUUUUUUUUGAUCAUAUUAUAAGCUAUUUCUUCUGCUGAAUGAAGAAGAAAAACAUAUCUUUUUAUUUGAUCUUUCCAGAAAGAGAAGCUUCCAAGGAAUCAUCUGAUUUUUUUUUCUCUCCAUUGUUGCAUCAUCAACAUUUCUUUAUCUCUUUCUCAUUUUUUAAUGAUUUAAUCUACACCAAAACCCCACCAAACCAGCACGUUUAAUCAGGGAUGUUCUCUUAACCUAUUCAUCAAAUCACAUUCCAAAGUUCCCAAAUUUUCCUCAUUGUUUUUCCUUUGUUUUCCCUUUUCUUUUUCCUCUGUUUUCUUUGGAUGUUAUGGGUUGUGCUAGUUCCAGGCAAAAACGAUGCCGGCAUUGCCACGCUCCUUAUUCACCUGUUGCAAGAAGGUAUUCAGUGCACGUGCAUCAUCCUGCUCAGCACAAGGACGAUAGCUACCAUGUUGUAGCUUUAACAUCCACCACAUUAGGCACUCUCAUGCUAGAAGCCAACCACCAAAACAAUGGCACUAGCAUCAACGUUGCAGCAUUUCAUGGCAAUCUUGAGAGCGCCACUAAAAUCAAUGGGAAUGUAAAGGAAGUUGAGGAGGAGAGUAAAGGGUUGGCUAUGGAAGUGAUUGAAGCAAAAGUUUGGUCGAAAAUGAUCCAAGAUAAGAUCCCAAAAGUUGUUCCCAGAACGCCUAUCAGGACUCCUCCUGGAGAGCCUGAAACAAUCAAUACAUGGGAAAUGAUGGCAGGACUUGAAGAUAUCAGUCCUCUUCGUUCUCCAAGUCAUUUUAGGAGUUUUUCUUUUGAUGUUGUUAGGAAUUCAGCGCCAAAAGAAAAUGGCAUGGUGUCUCCAAAGCCUAUGUGGCUUCAAAGUGAAGAAGAUGGUAAUCAGAAAUCGGAUUUGGGGAUUACAGAUUUUGAUCCGGAAAUUAUUUCUAGCUUUAGGAAAUCGCUUGAACAGCUUCCUCCUGAUAACCCUUUUCAUCUCAGGCCUCUGGAGAAUGAACAAAAGCAAGAUUCUGAGAAGAAACUAAAUGAUAUUGUUGUUUCAGAUCGUAAGCUUAAGAAGGAUAAGGUUGUUCUGUACUUUACAAGUUUAAGAGGGGUUCGGAAGACAUACGAGGAUUGUUGUCAUGUUAGAGUGAUCCUGAAAAGCUUAGGAGUUCGUAUUGAUGAACGAGAUGUUUCAAUGCAUUCAGGGUUUAAAGAGGAAUUGAAAGAGCUAAUGGGAGAAGGGUUUAAAGGUGGAUUGCCAAGGGUAUUUGUGGGGAGAAAACACAUUGGUGGAGCUGAGGAAAUAAAGCGAAAGCAUGAAGAAGGCCAGCUAGAGAAGGAGGUUGAAGAGUGUGAAAUGGUGGAUGAUGAUGGUGGAGGCAAUGGUGGAGCUUGUGAGGCUUGUGGGGAUGUCAGGUUUGUGCCUUGUGAGACUUGUUCAGGUAGUUGUAAAGUGUAUUAUGAAGAUGAUAAUAAAGAAGAAGAUGAUGAUGAUGAUAAGUAUGGAUUUCAAAGGUGUCCUGAUUGUAAUGAAAAUGGUCUUAUCCGCUGUCCAAUUUGCUGCUACUAAUUAGUUCAUGAAAAACAUACAACUGUCCCUUCUAUUUUCUUUUCUGGUGUUGUUUAAAAACCUUUUCUGUGAGUUGUUUGUUGUACAGUGAGGUGUUUCCAUGAUAUAUUUUCAGUAUAAUGAACAAGAUAAUGUAUUGUUUAUAAGCAGGUUUCUUUCUGAUUACCAGUCAUGUGCUCUUAUGGCUGUAUACUUACCAUGUUUCCUUCUAAAAGGAAGCUUGUAUACUUUCCAACUAAUGGAGAUUAUACUUUGAGAGAUGCAAUUAUAGCACCUUUUCUGAAUCUUUGAUGUU